UUGUGUCUCCGUCCCCAACACACCAAGCUCUCUAUUUCUAUUCCUCUUUUAUUCCUUUCUUCCCCCAACCCUAACCCUAAUCAUUCACAAUUCAUAACCCCUUUCAUCCUUCGCAAACGCGCAAUCUUAAAACCCUAACUCUAAUCAAUUCCAAUUAAGAUCGCGCGCUUCCCGAUUAUCGAUACUUGAUAACCCUAUUCCGCCAUGGACUCGCAGCAGAGCAAUCUAUUCGACACCGCUUCGCAACCCGACACCGCCAACGACGCGUACACCUUCCUCGAAUUCAACACUCAGGGCGAAGAUUUCGACUACCCGGAGUUCCGCGACCCGAUUAGGUCCUCCGUGGCGUGGCCCACUCCCUCUGAUUCGCUUGCCGAUACGUCGGAGCGCGGUGGCGGAGGGGGAGGAGCUGGGUCGGAUCACCAGUCGGAUGCCUCUCCGGUUUCGGCAGCUGCCGGGAGUGGCACUAAGGGGAGGUCAGGGAGCAGCAGUGGCGGGAACAGCCAGAUGGUGGAUGCAUUGGUCGCGGGGAUGAGCGGGUUGAAUUUUGAGGACACCGGGGAUGAUGAUAAUUUCGACUAUGGCAAAGGGGAUUUUACCGAGCAUGCUUGCCGGUAUUGUGGGGUCUCUAAUCCAGCUUGUGUUGUGAGGUGUAACGUGCCUUCAUGUCGUAAAUGGUUCUGUAAUUCGCGGGGGAACACCUCUGGAUCUCAUAUCGUCAAUCACCUGGUUCGGGCAAAACACAAGGAGGUAUGUCUGCACAAAGAUAGUCCAUUGGGUGAAACAAUUCUUGAAUGCUACAACUGUGGGUGUCGGAAUGUGUUUCUACUGGGAUUUAUUUCUGCGAAGACUGAAAGUGUAGUUGUUCUUCUUUGUCGUGAGCCUUGCUUGAGUGUCAAUGCCUUGAAGGACAUGAAUUGGGACCUUAGUCAGUGGUGCCCCUUGAUUGAUGAUAGGUGUUUCUUGCAAUGGCUUGUCAAGGUCCCAUCUGAACAGGAGCAGUUAAGGGCACGCCAGAUAAGUGCACAGCAAAUAAAUAAGGUGGAAGAGUUAUGGAAGACAAAUCCAGAUGCUUCCUUUGAGGACCUUGAGAAGCCUGGUGUAGAUGAUGAACCUCAGCCCGUGGCUUUAAAAUACGAAGAUGCAUAUCAGUAUCAAAAUGUAUUUGCGCCUCUUAUCAAGCUUGAAGCUGAUUAUGAUAAGAUGAUGAAGGAAUCUCAAAGCAAGGACAACGUGACAAUUAGGUGGGAUAUUGGUCUUAACAAGAAGCGUGUUGCAUACUUUGUCUUUCCAAAGGAAGAUAAUGAGUUACGGCUUGUACCUGGUGAUGAAUUACGAUUGCGUUAUUCUGGUGAUGCAGCACAUCCUGCCUGGCAGUCAGUGGGUCAUGUGAUUAAGCUAACUGCACAAGAGGAGGUUGCACUGGAGCUUCGUGCUAGUCAGGGGGUUCCAGUUGAUAUAAACCAUGGUUUCAGUGUUGAUUUUGUUUGGAAAAGUACAAGCUUUGACAGGAUGCAGGGAGCUAUGAAAACCUUUGCUGUGGAUGAGACAAGUGUAAGCGGGUAUAUUUAUCAUCACUUAUUGGGUCAUGAAGUUGAGGUGCAGAUGAUGCGUAAUGCAUUGCCUCGUCGCUUUGGUGCACCAGGACUUCCUGAGCUUAAUGCAUCUCAAGUUUUUGCGGUUAAAAGUGUCCUUCAGAGACCUAUUAGUUUGAUUCAAGGUCCCCCUGGAACUGGGAAGACUGUAACUUCUGCCGCACUUGUAUAUCACAUGGCCAAACAAGGUCAGGGACAGGUUUUGGUUUGUGCACCUAGUAAUGUUGCUGUGGACCAGCUGGCUGAAAAAAUAAGUGCUACUGGGUUAAAGGUUGUUCGGCUUUGUGCAAAGUCAAGGGAAGCUGUAAGUUCUCCUGUUGAGCAUUUAACACUUCAUUACCAGGUUCGGCAUCUUGACACAUCCGACAAGAGUGAACUUCAUAAAUUACAACAGCUGAAGGAUGAACAAGGAGAACUUUCCAGCAGUGAUGAGAAAAAAUACAAAGCACUUAAGCGAGCAACAGAGAGGGAGAUUUCUCAAAGUGCUGAUGUGAUAUGCUGUACAUGUGUUGGUGCUGGGGAUCCUCGACUUGCAAAUUUUAGGUUCCGUCAGGUACUUAUUGAUGAGUCUACUCAAGCAACAGAACCUGAGUGCCUCAUUCCAUUGGUUCUUGGUGCAAAGCAGGUGGUUCUUGUUGGUGACCAUUGUCAACUUGGGCCAGUCAUUAUGUGCAAGAAAGCAGCUCGUGCUGGGCUAGCGCAGUCGCUUUUUGAACGCCUUGUGCUACUUGGUGUUAAACCAAUUAGGUUACAGGUUCAGUACCGUAUGCAUCCAUGUCUAUCUGAAUUUCCCUCGAACAGCUUUUACGAAGGGACCCUGCAAAAUGGCGUUACUGUUAAUGAAAGGCAGUUGUCAGGAAUUGACUUCCCAUGGCCUGUGCCAAACCGUCCCAUGUUUUUCUAUGUUCAGAUGGGUCAAGAAGAGAUAAGUGCAAGUGGAACGUCUUAUUUAAAUAGGACCGAAGCUGCAAAUGUAGAAAAGAUUGUCACCACUUUCUUAAAAAGUGGUGUGGUUCCAAGUCAGAUUGGUGUUAUAACACCUUAUGAGGGUCAAAGAGCUUAUAUUGUGAACUAUAUGUCAAGAAAUGGGGCUCUUAGACAACAACUUUACAAGGAAAUUGAGGUUGCUAGUGUUGAUUCCUUUCAAGGAAGGGAGAAAGACUACAUAAUUCUAUCUUGUGUUAGAAGUAAUGAACAUCAGGGCAUUGGGUUCUUGAAUGAUCCUAGGAGGCUCAAUGUUGCUUUGACACGAGCAAGAUAUGGUAUUGUUAUUCUGGGAAACCCUAAAGUUCUGAGCAAACAACCUCUAUGGAAUAGCUUAUUGACACACUACAAGGAACAUGAAUGCUUAGUUGAAGGGCCUUUAAAUAACUUGAAGCAGAGUAUGGUUCAAUUCCAGAAACCCAAGAAGAUUUACAAUGAAAGAAGGCUCUUUUAUGGUGGUGGACCUGGAAUUGCGGCUAAUGAUACUUUUGGUUCUGUUGGUGCUGGCACUACUUCAGACCGAAGGAGCAGCCGUGGAAGGGGAUCUUAUGUUCCGCCUGGCCCACCAAAUGGGACUCAGAAGCCUGGAGUGCAUCCUGCCGGGUAUCCUAUUCCAAGGGUUCCCUUGCCUCCUUUCCAUGGUGGUCCCCAAUCUCAGCCAUAUGCUAUUCCAUCCCGUGGAGCUGUACAUGGUCCUGUUGGGGCAGUUCCUCAUGUACCAUCUCCAGGUAGUCGGGGUUUUGGGGCUGGAAGAGGUAAUUCUGGUGCUCCAGUUGGCAGUCUUCCUCACCAAGGAACGCAACAGCCUAUUGGGAAUAUCGGAUCUACAUAUAAUUUUCCUGCUUUGGAGAGUCCAAACAGCCAGCCAUCUGUUGGUGGUCCGUUAUCUCAACCUGGGUUUGCCAAUAAUAUGCCAGUCCAAGGGACAGGUCAAUCAUUUCGAGAUCAAUUUUCUGUUCCUGGAAUGUCUCAGGACUUCUUGGGUGAUGACUUCAAAAGCCAGGGAUCGCAUGUUCCUUAUAAUGUUGCUGAUUUUGCUACCCAGGCUUCUCAAAGUGGAUAUGCUGUUGAUUAUGCUACUCAAGGAGCGCAAGGUGGAUUCCCAGGGAACUUUAUGAACCAAAACUCUCAAGCCGGAUAUUCACGUUUUGGUUCUGGAAAUGAAUUUAUGUCUCAGGACUACAUGGCCCAUGGAUCGCAAGGCCUUUUCACUCAAGCUGGAUUUGGUGAUCCCUUGCAAGAUGAUGCAACACAGAGCCAUUUUGGUGUUGCUAACGCCAAUCCUCUCCAAUCACAGAUGAAUUCUCUCUAUUCCCAGCCUUUUUCUCAUUACAACACACAGCCAAUGAACUUGCAGGCUUCCCAACAGCAGCCUCAGGGUCAGAGUUCCCAAAAUCAAAAAAUUCAGUAUAGCGGUUGAGCAGCUUAAGGAGCGUAAUAUGACUUUGAUGGGUUACAGUCUUUGCUAUCAGCAACUCUGCCCGUCUUUUUUGCUGGAAUAUGUUUGCUGGCUACAUCCGAGGGAUUGGCUUCCUGGGAUCGCUGCCUGCAUGGACCCAUAUUGAAGGAUUGGUAUCUAUGAUUUGACUUGGUGGAAUUGUGGGGCAUUAUGGCGAUAGAAGCAGCAAAUCCUAGGCUGCGGGAAAAAAAUGAAAGAUAAGAUAACCCGUUACCUUACUGAAAUUUUGUGUUGGUUUGGGAUUCAAAUGAAAUUGUUCGAGAAAGCAUUACAUGGAAUGGUUUUUGUCGAAAGGGUUUCCUUCCGUCUAGGAGCAGAAGGGACAAUCUACAAUGUAGUCGCGGAGAUACUGAUACAUAGUAAUAUAAUGCAUACGGCAUCAAUCUGCAGCCAAGGGAAUGUUUUUUGUACAGAAGGCCCUGAUGCGGUUUACCCUUUCAGCUCUACCUAACAUGUAAUUUAUGUACUCGAUAUAAUUUGAAACAUUGAAUGAUGAUAUUGUUGGAAAAUGUUUGACUAUGCAGCUUGCCGCUCAGAAUUUACGGUGGCAUAUAAAGUUGUGAUAAUUAUUUUACAUGUAAA